AUGGUCUAUACAAUCGUCGUGCACCUCUACGCCAAGCCCGAGGCCGAAGCCAUCGCCAAACUCAAAGCCAAGCUUGUCGAAGCGAGUCAAGUGUACUCCAAAGACAAGGAGACGCUGAGCUGGUUCGUCAUGCAGGACACAGUCGAUCCGCGUGCAUUCACCAUUGUCGAGCGGUAUUUGAAAGAAUCUGUACGUUGA